AUGGUGCCCAUCGGGGCGUUGGGGCUGCUCUUGUGCGUGCAGCUGUGCCGGGCUGAGCUCCAAGGCACGGGGGCAGCCGUGGGGGCACACACCACCCCCCAGCCCUCGCCCGGCCUCGGCACCCUCCUCACCGCAGGCGCCGAGGAGCUGCGGCUGGUGGGCGGUGGCGGGCGCUGCGCCGGGAGGGUGGAGGUCAAGCACGACGGCGAGUGGGGCUCCGUCUGCACCUACGACUAUAUUCCUCAUGGCAACUGGGGCGCCGUGGUGUGCCGGCAGCUGGGCUGUGGUGCAGUGGCCAAGGCGUCCCCCUACGCCCCAUUCGGGCAGGGCACCGGCCGGAUUUGGCUCCAGCUCUGGUGCAGGGGCGGUGAAGAGAAGCUGGAGGACUGUUUACAUUUUGGCUGGGGACAGCACUAUUGCGGCCAUGAGUGGGACAUCGGGGUGACCUGUGCAGAGGCGGUGGAGCUGCGGCUGGUGGGCGGCGGAGGUCCCUGCGCCGGGAGGGUGGAGGUGAAGCUGCGGGGCCAAUGGGGAUCGGUGUUGGACCACAACUGGGACAAGGAAGAUGCCAAGGUGGUGUGCCAGCAGCUGGGCUGUGGAUCUGCCAUCAGUGCAGAAUUCGCCAGCACACGCUUUGGCCAAGGGUCCGGUCCCAUCAGCCUGGCUGUUGUCAACUGCCGUGGGAACGAAACAGCCAUCUGGGAAUGCGACAUCCAUGGCUGGGGACCCUACAGAAACUUUCACAACUACGACGUCGCUGUCACCUGCCAAACGGGGUUUGCCCGGCUGGUCGGCGGCGACAGCGCCUGUGCCGGGCGGCUGGAGGUGCGGCAGGGCCAAACGUGGAGCAGCGUCUGCGAGGACCACGUGGACAUCAAGGCGGCCCAGGUGGUCUGCCGGGAGCUGGGCUGCGGCGCGGUGCUGGCCGUCCCCGGCACCGGCCGCUUUCAGGAGGGAACGGGGUCGCUCUGGCAGGAGGGGUUUGAGUGCACGGGCACCGAGCCCUUCCUCGCCGCCUGUGCCCGGCGGCCGCUCCACGCACAGGGCUGCAGCGGCCACGCCGCCAUCAUCUGCUCCCCCUACACGCGUUUCCGUCUGGCGAACAGCAGCUCGGGCUGCUCCGGGCGGGUGGAGGUGGAGGUGGGGGGCACGUGGGGGUCCGUCUGCGCCACCGGCUGGGACCUGCCCGACACCCACGUCCUCUGCCACCACCUCGGCUGCGGCACCGCCGCCGCCACCGCCGUGCCCCAGGGAGGCUCCCUCGGCAGCGGGGACGGGCCGCUGUGGCAGGACACCUUCCGCUGCAGCGGGACCGAGCGGCACCCAGGCGAGUGCCCCACCACGGUGCUGGGGGAGCCCCCCUGCCCCGCCGGCCUCGCCGCCACCAUCAACUGCUCAGGCACUGUGGAGCCCCUGCGGCUGGUGGAGGGGGAGAGCCGGUGCGACGGGCGGCUGGAGGUCUCCGCCAGCCCCGGGGCCUGGGCCCGCAUGCCGGCGGGGCUCUGGGAUGCCCGCGGUGCCAGCGUGGUGUGCCGGCAGCUGGGCUGCGGCGCGCCGGAGAAGGUCUACGCCGUGGCGGGCUCGGGCGCGGCAGGGCCACAAGGGCUGCGCUGUGCCGGCACCGAGGACAACCUGGCCCAGUGCAACAUCUCGCGCACGGCCGCCACGCCGACCGGCAGUCGCGACGAGGUGGUCGUCGUCUGCUCAGGCAGCCGGCGCGUGAGGCUGGCGGGCGGCCCCGGGCGCUGCGCCGGGCGGGUGGAGGUCUACGCCAACGGCACCUGGGCCACCGUCUGCCAGGAGAGCUGGGACCUGGCGGACGCCACCGUCGUCUGCCGCCAGCUGGGCUGCGGAACCGCGCUGGAGGCACCCGCAUCGCCUCCCGUCGGUCCCGGCACGGGGCCGCUGUGGCCGCACGCCGCUGCCUGCGCCGGCAACGAGGCGUCUCUCUGGGAUUGCCCGGCCUCGGCACAGCACGGCUGCCAGCGUGGUGGCGGGGCGGGAGCCGUCUGCUCAGAGCACCUCUCCCUGCGCCUGGUGGGCGGCGGCAGCCCCUGCAGCGGGCACCUGGAGGUGUUCUACAACAACACCUGGGGCCGCGUCUGCGCCGAAGGCACCACCUCCGCUACUGCGGCCGUUGUGUGCCGGCAGCUGGGCUGCGGGGAGACGGGGACUCUGGAGGACACCCCCGCCCUUGCCCUUGCCUGGCUGGCCUGGGUGGGCUGCAAGGAGGGGGCCGCAUCGCUCUGGCGCUGCCCCUCGGCACCCUGGCACCUGCAGAAUUGCAGCGACGGCAGGGGCGCCCGCAUCACUUGUGACAAGGACACGGACAGCACAAGCGGGACGCCCACCCCGGCCCCGGGGAGCCGCUGCCCCAACGGUGCCACUUGCACAGCUCUCCCCAGCACCAGCAGCCCGGCAGCAGCAGUGGGGACCGUGCCGGUGUCCACGGUGCUGUGUGCGCUCCUGGGGACGCUGCUGUGCCUGGCCCUGGGCGCCCUGGCCGUGCAGGCGUACCGUGCCCGUGCUGGGCGCCGAGGCCUCGGCAGAGCCGCGGACGCUCUCUCCGAUGCCGUCUACGAGGAGCUGGACUACACCGUGCUGCCGGACUACCAGGAGGUGCCCAGUCGCUCAGGCGCCGAGGAGCUGCGGCUGGUGGGCGGCGGCGGGCGCUGCGCCGGGAGGGUGGAGGUCAAGCACGACGGCGAGUGGGGCUCCGUCUGCGUCUACGACUUUGACUGGGAAUGGAAUUGGGGCGCUGUAGUGUGCCGGCAGCUGGGCUGUGGUGCGAUGGUCAAGGCGUCCCCCUACGCCCCAUUCGGGCAGGGCACCGGCCGGAUUUGGCUCCAGCCCUUCUUCUGCCGGGGUACCGAGGAGAAGCUGCACCAAUGUCGCAAUUUUGGCUGGGGACAGCACUUUUGCGGCCAUGAGUGGGACAUCGGGGUGACCUGCGCAGAGGCGGUGGAGCUGCGGCUGGUGGGCGGCGGAGGUCCCUGCGCCGGGAGGGUGGAGGUGAAGCUGCGGGGCCAAUGGGGAUCGGUGGCGGACGGCGGCUGGAACAGCAGGAGUGCCGAGGUGGUGUGCCAGCAGCUGGGCUGUGGAUCUGCCACCGGUGCCUAUGUCGGCAGCACACACUUCGGCGAAGGGUCCGGUCCCGUCAACCUGGUUCUGCUCGACUGCGAGGGCAAUGAGACCGUCCUCUGGGACUGCAAGAUCCGUGGCUGGGGACCCUACAGAGGACCUCACAACUACGACGUCGCUGUCACCUGCCAAACGGGGUUUGCCCGGCUGGUCGGCGGCGACAGCGCCUGUGCCGGGCGGCUGGAGGUGCGGCAGGGCCGAACGUGGAGCAGCGUCUGCGAGGACCACGUGGACAUCAAGGCGGCCCAGGUGGUCUGCCGGGAGCUGGGCUGCGGCGCGGUGCUGGCCGUCCCCGGCACCGGCCGCUUUCAGGAGGGAACGGGGUCGCUCUGGCAGGAGGGGUUUGAGUGCACGGGCACCGAGCCCUUCCUCGCCGCCUGUGCCCGGCGGCCGCUCCACGCACAGGGCUGCAGCGGCCACGCCGCCAUCAUCUGCUCCCCCUACACGCGUUUCCGUCUGGCGAACAGCAGCUCGGGCUGCUCCGGGCGGGUGGAGGUGGAGGUGGGGGGCACGUGGGGGUCCGUCUGCGCCACCAGCUGGGACCUGCCCGACACCCACGUCCUCUGCCACCACCUCGGCUGCGGCACCGCCGCCGCCACCGCCGUGCCCCAGGGAGGCUCCCUCGGCAGCGGGGACGGGCCGCUGUGGCAGGACACCUUCCGCUGCAGCGGGACCGAGCGGCACCCAGGCGAGUGCCUCAGCACGGUGCUGGGGGAGCCCCCCUGCCCCGCCGGCCUCGCCGCCACCAUCAACUGCUCAGGCACUGUGGAGCCCCUGCGGCUGGUGGAGGGGGAGAGCCGGUGCGACGGGCGGCUGGAGGUCUCCGCCAGCCCCGGGGCCUGGGCCCGCAUGCCGGCGGGGGUCUGGGAUGCCCGCGGUGCCAGCGUGGUGUGCCGGCAGCUGGGCUGCGGCGCGCCGGAGGAGGUCUACGCCGUGGCGGGCUCGGGCGCGGCAGGGCCACAAGGGCUGCGCUGUGCCGGCACCGAGGACAACCUGGCCCAGUGCAACGUCUCGCGCACGGCCGCCACGCCGACCGGCAGCCGCGACGAGGUGGUCAUCGUCUGCUCAGGCAGCCGGCGCGUGAGGCUGGCGGGCGGCCCCGGGCGCUGCGCCGGGCGGGUGGAGGUCUACGCCAACGGCACCUGGGCCACCGUCUGCCAGGAGAGCUGGGACCUGGCGGACGCCACCGUCGUCUGCCGCCAGCUGGGCUGCGGAACCGCGCUGGAGGCACCCGCAUCGCCUCCCGUCGGUCCCGGCACGGGGCCGCUGUGGCCGCACGCCGCUGCCUGCGCCGGCAACGAGGCGUCUCUCUGGGAUUGCCCGGCCUCGGCACAGCACGGCUGCCAGCGCGGUGGCGGGGCGGGAGCCGUCUGCUCAGAGCACCUCUCCCUGCGCCUGGUGGGCGGCGGCAGCCCCUGCAGCGGGCACCUGGAGGUGUUCUACAACAACACCUGGGGCCGCGUCUGCGCCGAAGGCACCACCUCCGCUACUGCGGCCGCUGUGUGCCGGCAGCUGGGCUGCGGGGAGACGGGGACUCUGGAGGACACCCCCGCCCUUGCCCUUGCCUGGCUGGCCUGGGUGGGCUGCAAGGAGGGGGCCGCAUCGCUCUGGCGCUGCCCCUCGGCACCCUGGCACCUGCAGAAUUGCAGCGACGGCAGGGGCGCCCACAUCACUUGUGACAAGGACACGGACAGCACAAGCGGGACGCCCACCCCGGCCCCGGGGAGCCGCUGCCCCGACGGUGCCACUUGCACAGCUCUCCCCAGCACCAGCAGCCCGGCGGCAGCGGUGGGGACCGUGCCGGUGUCCACGGUGCUGUGUGCGCUCCUGGGGACGCUGCUGUGCCUGGCCCUGGGCGCCCUGGCCGUGCAGGCGUACCGUGCCCGUGCUGGGCGCCGAGGUGAAGCCGCGGACGCUCUCUCCGAUGCCGUCUACGAGGAGCUGGACUACACCGUGCUGCCGGACUACCAGGAGGUGCCCAGUCGCUCAGGCUCCCUCUCGGAGGGCUCGGGGAAGAAGCUGCCGUAUUACACCGGGGACAGCAUGGAGGAGAGAGACCCCGAGGCAGCCCCAGACUCCCCUGCCCAGCACAGACCCCACGACGGCUAUGAUGAUGCCGCGGACGUGCCGCAAGAGCCCCCCGCUCCCGGCGCUGGGGACGUCUCCGAGGGGGGAGCACAGAGCAGCUGGGGCCGUCUCCCACCCACAGGUGGGAGCUGCCUCCCCACAAGUCCCCCACGAGACACAAGGGAGCCCCCGGCACAGCCACCGGGGGACACAGACUACGACGACGUUGCCAUCGGCACCCUGGGGACGUCGCUGUGA